AUGGCGAGCCAGAACGACGAGUCCGCAGCGCAAACCCUGCCUGACCGUACCCAGAACCCCGCCGAAGAUAAGGGCGAAGUCUCGAAGAAUGCUGCGAAAAAGGCUGCUAAGGCCGCCAAGUUAGCAGCAGGAAAGGCGGAGAAAGCAAACAAGGGGAUCGGAAAGACAGAAGCCAAACAGUCUUCUUCAAAAUCCUCUAAGAAGAAGAUCGAUGGCGCGGCUCAAAUCGGUAUCGAUGUCGCGAAAGAAGAUGACUUCCCCACCUGGUAUCAGCAAGUCCUGACAAAGGGUGAGAUGCUGGACUAUUAUGAUGUCUCUGGUUGCUUCAUUUUGAAGCCCUCUUCAUACUUCGUAUGGGAAACCAUUCAAAACUGGUUCAACGAUAAAAUCAAGAAGAUGGGUGUCAGGAAUUGUUCCUUCCCCUUAUUCGUCUCUGAAGAUGUCCUACAGAGAGAGAAGGACCAUAUUGAGGGCUUUGCUGCUGAAGUUGCCUGGGUUACACAUGCAGGAUCCACUCCCCUGGAGCGAAAGAUAGCUAUUCGUCCUACAUCUGAAACCGUCAUGUAUCCCUAUUAUUCCAAAUGGAUUCGAAGCCACCGUGACCUUCCCCUGAGACUGAACCAAUGGAACUCGGUUGUGCGCUGGGAAUUCAAGCACCCUCAGCCCUUUUUGAGAACUCGAGAGUUCUUGUGGCAAGAGGGACAUACUGCGCAUCUAACGGAGGAGGGUGCUGCAGAGGAGGUAUUGCAGAUUCUGGAUCACUACCGUCAUGUUUAUGAGGACCUCCUUGCCGUCCCCGUUGUGCCUGGUAAGAAGACAGAGAAGGAAAAGUUCGCCGGUGGCUACUAUACUACCACUGUUGAGGGCUAUAUUCCUGCUACAGGUCGUGGUAUUCAGGGUGGCACAUCUCACUGCUUAGGACAGAACUUCAGUAAGAUGUUCAACAUAACCGUUGAAGACCCCAACGCCAAGGACGACGAGCCCAAGACUCCACUCUACGUGUGGCAGAAUUCAUGGGGUCUGUCCACAAGAACUAUCGGUGUUAUGGUGAUGAUUCAUAGUGAUAACCGUGGUCUCGUCCUUCCUCCACGCGUUGCAGAGGUUCAAACUGUCAUCGUCCCCGUUGGCAUUACCAAGAACACCACGGACGAGGAACGUGCCAAUCUGUACAAAGAAAUCGAUGGAUUGGUUUCCAAGCUCACUGCUAUCGGCAUCCGAGCCGAAAGUGAUCUGCGAGAAGGAUAUUCUCCAGGCUGGAAAUUCAACGACCACGAACUUCGCGGCGUUCCUCUUCGUCUCGAAUUCGGACCUGGCGAAUCCAAGGGUGGCUUUGUCACUGCUGCCCGUCGUGAUGUACCCGGCAAAGACAGCAAGACCCAGAUUACCCUCGACACACUUACCACAGCUGUGCCCGAAAUUUUGGACUCCAUCCACAACGACCUUUUCAAGCGCGCAGACGAGCAAUUCCGAGCACACCGCAAACAAAUCACGAACUGGGAGGAAUUCACCCCGCUGCUCAACGAGAAGAACGUCUUGCUUAUCCCUCACUGUCUGACGGAAGAAUGUGAGGACCAAAUCAAGGAUCUCAGUGCGCGAAAGGCCGAGGAAGACCUCGAUGUUCCCCAGGAUGCGCGAGCACCUAGUAUGGGCGCGAAAUCGCUCUGCAUUCCUUUCGAGCAACCCGAGGGUAUUGAGCAUGGUGUGACGAAGUGCUUGAACCCUCAUUGUACCAAAUUGGCUGAGAAAUGGUGCAUGUUUGGACGCUCCUAUUAA